AUGUCCCUAGAGGCCGAGCCUAGGGAAAUAAUCGUUGAGAUCCCGCUUCCCGCGCGUGUCGUAUGUCAUCGCUGCCACGGCAGCGACCAAUUGAGCCCCACCAUACGCGCGGGAACUUUCGCGGACCCGCCUCACCUCUUCAAACACUUGAAAAAGGACCACCCGGGAGAUAGUAUUGGUUAUAAAUGUAGAUUUGGCGGGUACAAGGGGAAAACAAGGUACCCGCAGAAAGACGUUAAAAUACACAUAGAAAAAUUUCACCCCCAACUCCCGGUUGAUGCGAAGGCGGGUCCAAGCAGGAUAGAUAGCGUCACUGGAGCCGCGCCAUCUUCCGCGUCGUCACCGGCCCCGACCAGAAACAAAAAUCCCCCCGCAAAAAAUCCCUCCAUUACCCCGCGGCACCACGGCGCACGUUCCACCGCCACCGCUGCCAAGAGGGUCCGCCCAGCUUUAAGGACACCACACAGCGGGCCCUCUCCAACGUCAACGCCGCCAACGACAUCAUCAGCAGCAGGACCAUCUCCCACUUACGCAGCCGUCACUGCAGGACAAGCGGCCAUUUCCACCAUGAGGCCGCCGAGAGCGGCGGCUGCGGGGACGGUGCCCCAGCCGGGACUAUCAAAGGGGGCCGUCCCAAAGAGAGCGUCGACAAGGAGAACAGCUGCCGCAAGGAGAAACAUGGUCGCGGAAUUAUCUACCCCCUCCAGUGGAGGUAGCAGCAUUUGCAUCAGGAGAGCCGGCACUUCGUCGCUCGCGCGCCGCCCUUCCCCCCCCCCAUCACCGUCAUCUGCUGGCAGUUACACCGCCAGAGAGGGAGGUAUCUCAAGAACUUCAAUAUCGCCCGCCACCACACCAUCACCCCAGGAGUCCAGCGGAACGCGGCGGGCGCACGGCGCGCUCAGCAGGACAUCCGGAGCUGCCAAACCGGUGCUUGCGCACCCCCGUUCCCCGAAGGAGGGGACUGCGAGGAAGUCAGCGGAGGGCGUCAAAAGAAGAAGGCCGUCUGCAACACAUUUACCCCCGCAGACUACCAGCGAGAGGUCAUCGAUGGAGAGGCGGACGGUCCUGAACGCCCCGGUCGAGAAGAGCUCCGAGGCGACGAGGCGAAAAUUCCCUCUGUCUCUGAGGCGAGUGAGGCCCGGAGACGGAGACAGGGGGUCGUUGUCACAGGGGCUGCAGAGCAUCAGGGUUUCACCCGCGAAGAGCUCUGCAGGUAUGCCGGUCAGUACAUCGUCCGGCAGUCCCGCGGCGUCGAGACCGGCAGCAGCGGCGUUGCCACGUUUGGGGAAAGCCAGCAGGGGGGUGAGUCUACCUCUACUCAGUAUACCAUCACCUACCUUGGUACCAGCAGCGGGGGCACCGAGGAUCAUCUCAGAUCCGAGUGACGGUGCCUCCCGCAUUGCUUCAGCAGUACGUGCCAACGACGUCGCUGCCCGCGACCGUCACUACCACCACGGUGACCACCACGACGUGUGGGAGCUUUAUUAUGGCAACGGGUCUCCCACUGGGGGGGCGCAGGACACCAAGCCCCCUCCUGCCAGCGAGACGUCAGUUACCGUUGGUGGUGCAACGCACCGUCUGGUCGCACGCACCCUGCAGCAAGGGAUUCUCCCUGGUAAUGGGAGAGGGUGCGUGGAGCCAGACAAGGAGAAAGAAGACUCCACCCCAUGA